UUCAGGAUGCCUUACUGUCUCUCUCUCUCUCUUCUCUCCUCAGCUAUCUUCCUGGGGUCCUUCAGGAUGCCUUACCAGGAGAUCAGACGGGCCGUCCUAGAGGUCGACGAAGAACAGCUCACUGAACCCAUGAUACAGAACUUGGUUAAACACCUUCCUGAACAGGAGCAGCUGAAUGCUUUGAUGAAGUUUCAGAAUGACUACAACAGUCUGUCUGAGCCUGAGCAGUUUGGAGUGGUGAUGAGCAGUGUGAAGCGACUGCGGCCCCGUCUCAACUCCAUCCUGUUUAAGCUGCAGUUUGAUGAACAGGUCAACAACCUCCGUCCAGACAUCAUGGAUGUUAACGCAGCCUGUGAAGAGGUGAGGAAGAGCAAGGGGUUCAGCCGGCUGCUGGAGCUGGUUCUUCUGCUGGGCAACUACAUGAAUGCAGGCUCUCGCAACGCACAGAGCUACGGCUUUGACCUGGGUUCCCUCUGCAAGCUGAAGGACACGAAGUCAGCUGACCAGAAGUCAACGUUACUCCACUUCCUGGCUGCGGUGUGUGAGGAGGAGUUCCCAGAGGUCACCAAGUUCUCCGACGACCUGCAGCACGUAGACCGAGCCAGCCGAGGUAGGAGACAGAAACACACCACAGCCGGCAGAGAUCGACACCUAUAUCUGUCCACAAUGUGUCCGUAUUCCCUUUUCCUGCGCUAUAUUCAAAUUCCAGUAUGCAUUCUACAGCUAACCUCUGUAGCAAACUAG